AUGGAGCAACACAACCUAACCAGGUUGAGCGAAUUCAUCCUAGUGGGACUCACAGACCACCCUGAGAUGCAGGCUCCUUUGUUCGGGCUGUUCCUCAUCAUCUACGUCAUCUCAACAGUGAGCAACCUGGGCAUGGUCGUCCUCACCAAGAAGGACUCCAAGCUCCAAACGCCCAUGUACUUUUUUCUUAGAUACCUGGCCAUCACAGAUCUGGGUUACUCAACCACAGUGGGACCCAAAAUGUUGGUGAAUUUUGUUAUCAAGGAAAACACAAUCUCCUACGGCUGUUGUGCUGCACAGUUGGCGCUCUUUAUUUUGUUUAUAACUAGUGAACUUUUUCUUCUCUCCUCCAUGGCUUAUGACCGCUAUGUGGCCAUCUGUAACCCUCUGCUCUACACAGCCAUCAUGUCUCAAAGAGCGUGUCAGGUGCUGGUGGCAAUCCCCUAUCUGUACAGUACGUUUGUGUCCCUUCUGGUCACCAUCAAGGUUUUUAACUUGUCCUUCUGUGGCUACAAUGUGAUCAGUUAUUUCUACUGCGAUAUUCUCCCUUUGUUAUCUUUGCUGUGCUCAAACACACAAGAAAUUCAGCUAAUCAUUCUCAUCUUAGCAGCGUUUGAUUUGGUUUCCUCUAUACUAAUAGUUCUUGUUUCUUAUCUCUUCAUUCUUGCAACCAUCCUCAGGAUGAACUCAGCUGAGGGCAGGAAAAAAGCUUUCUCCACCUGUGGGUCUCACCUGACAGUGUUAGUGGUGUUCUAUGGGACUUUAAGCUUUAUGUACUUGCAACCCAAGUCCAGCCAUUCUUUGGAUGCUGAAAAAGUAGCUUCGAUAUUUUACACGCUGGUUAUUCCCAUGCUGAACCCCUUAAUCUAUAGUUUUAGAAACAAAGACGUAAAAUAUGCGUUACUUAGAACUCUGGGACACGUACGUAACACGUUUUCUCAAAGUCCACUGUACCGUUUGAUUCACAGACAUGUCCAAAUUUUCACAUCAUGA